CUGGUGCCAAAGCUUUCUAGAAACUACCUGAAGGAAGGGUACAUGGAGAAAACGGGGCCAAAGCAAACAGAGGGGUUCAAGAAACGAUGGUUCACCAUGGAUGACCGACGGCUCAUGUAUUUCAAAGAUCCCCUGGAUGCCUUUGCUAGAGGGGAAGUGUUUAUUGGGAGCAAGGAAAACAGCUACAAGGUCCUGGAAGGGCUCCCGCCGUCCACGCAGGGAAACCACUGGCAGCACGGGAUAACCAUCGUCACCCCAGAUCGGAAAUUCCUCUUUGCCUGCGAGACAGAGGAUGACCAGCUGGAGUGGAUUACGACUUUUCAGAAAGUUAUAAGCCGGCCGAUGCUGCCUCAGGAAUACGCAGUGGAAGCCCAUUUCAAACAUAAACCUUAG